AUUAGACGAGAAUUCCGAGUGAAUAAAAAUCUAACCUCACCUGAGGAUAUUUCAUUCAACUUCAAGAGAGGAGAGAUUCUACUGAAGAAUGCAAGAAUUGUGUAAAGUAAUUAGAAUCCUGCCCCUGAGGAGCUUCCCGAGAGGUUCUAUUGACGUAAGAAUUACACUGAAGGCGCUGAAGUCCACAAUCGAUCGCUCACGCUUUCCUCGGCUCCUGGAAGAGGAUCUCGAUGAGAAUUUUGUCCGGGGAAGUGGUCCAGGUGGCCAGGCAGUCAAUAAAACCUCCAACUGCUGUGUUUUGCGACACAAACCCACGGGAAUCACUGUAAAAUGUCAUAUUCAUCGGUCAGUGAGUCAGAACAGGAAGGAAGCUAGGGAAAUUCUUGCGCGGAAGCUAGAUAAUCAUCUCAAUGGGGAACUUUCGGUGGAAAAUCAGCAAAAACAGAUCGAGAAGCUGAAGACCAGGGAGACAGAUCGACGGAGGAAGAAGCUGCAAGAGCUGAAGAAGCAGUGGAAGGAACGAGAACAGGAUUAACAUGUGCAAGUAGGUUUAUUUUUACCAUGAACUAAAGUCGCCAAAUUCGUAGGAAA